CAGCACGCCAAUAGACCGUGAGCAACAGGAAGCCUGACGAAGAUUGGCCUCCAAAAGCAGUUACUCUCCGCUGCAACGUCUACCUCCAUAUUACGAUGAACUGCAGCAUUUGAAGGCUGUGGAGGAGCAGCUCGUCAAGGAUUAUGAUAACCCGGGGAUGGUUUAUGGGGAUAACAUCGACUCUACGGCCCUCCGGCAAGAAGCAAAAAGGCGUGCUCGGUUAGCAUCGCAAAAUAAUCCUAGUCCAGCAUCAAGCGGCGACGAUGUGAAGGAUUUGGACAAGCUUUACCACCUUCGUUUUGAAGAUACGUCGAAUCUUCAGCAACCCGUUCCACGUAAAUCAUCCACUCUGACUCAAGGGGCCCCGUACAAAGUCGACGCAUCUCGCUUUUGGGCCGUUCUCGUCGGCAUAGAUGCAUAUGAGUCUAAUCCCUUGCAAGGCUGUGUAUCGGAUGCAUUGUCAAUGAAGGAAUUCCUAAUCAAGAAGCUUGGGGUGCCAGAACGUCGUAUCCAAUGUCUCCUCGGCUCCGAAAAAACCUCUCGUGACGAUCCAUUAACACCUUCCCGUGCCAACAUCGUCGACAUGAUCUACAGUCUCAUUGAUAACCCUGAAAUUCAACGGAACGACAAUGUUGUUAUCUAUUACGCUGGGCAUGGCUCGAGCUAUUAUUGUUCUGAGCAGAUUCCCGCUGCAUCGGAAUCCAAGGACUGCUGCAGCAGCGAUGCCUGUCCCAUAGAGGCAUUGUGCCCCAUCGAUCGUGAUACCAUGGACAACGAUGGGCAUCCAAUACCCGACAUUAGCGACAGAGAGCUCAAUGCCCUCUUCACCCAGAUAUCUCGCACUAAAGGGCAUAAAAUCACAUUCAUCGCAGACUGCUGUCACGCUGGCAGUGUGAGCAGGGAUGCUGUUUCACAACCAGGAGUUCGCACCAUGUUCCCAACCCUUCACUCUGGUUUCAACGAUAUGUUACUCGCUGCCCAUGAGCGGCUGAUUCAUUUAUCUGGCUAUAAAUCUGUAUUAUCCGAGGAUUGGCAGCCAGAUAUGAGUUCUCAUGUAGUUCUGGCAGCUUGUCAGGAUUGGCAGACUGCGCGGGAGACUCGUGUGGGAGGUAAAUGUGGCGGGAAUUUUACUAGGCAACUUAUUCGUGCUCUGAGCUCAGGUACCUGGAAGAAGGAAACGACAUACAUCAGACUUAUGGAUUGUCUGAAUCACUCUCAUUCGCAGACUCCGGUCGUUGCUGGGGAACACAAAGACGAGUGUCUUUGGUAUCAGGAUGCUGCUACAUAGGGACUGCGUAUUGUACAUGAAUAUGGCGCCUGUACCGGAAUCAAUACUCUUCUAUUUAGUUAUUUCACUGCUGUACUUUGAUAGUACGUGAUGGGCAUUUUAGAAAGGAAGAUAUGGAUCUUA